CAUCGCGCAUCCCUUCAGCUCAAUCAGCUGUAAAGUGUAAGCGAUGGGUAGGCGGGCAUCGGGUAUGUCAUAAGGAGAGCGGAGAACGGCAAUAAUGACGAGCGACAGGAAAUUCGAGUCAGAACGGCGGAGUCGGCUCGUAUGAUCGGAGAGAGAUUUAUAGAAUUUCACGUACACGACGUACGCCAUGUGUCCCGCACUCUUGGAGAACGAGGAACGAUGUUUGGGUGGCAUGACUUUCUUCGCGCAAAGUCACCCGGUGGAGGUAUGCGGCAGCAACGGUCUGCCGCUCACGCCGAAUUCGAUAACCAUCUAUGGGAAGGCGCAGUUUUUAAAGACCGUCUACCAUCCCCAUCUCUCCCCGUAUCUCGAUAUAAUUAGAAGCAAGCACGAGAGGAUUGUGGUCGUUACGGAAUACAGUGGAGAUCCGUUGAGCACCAGACAUGACCUAAGUACAGAGGAGAUCGUCAAGAUAUCCUUUCAGAGUCUCUUAGCGCUACGGCACAUGAACGAAUUAGAUCUGGUGCAUAGGCACUUGAGUCCAGAUAAUAUAUUGAUUAAGAAAAACGGUGAUGUUCAGUUGUACAAUUACGGAUUGUAUUACAUGACAGACGGAGGGAAGAAUGUGUCUUUCCCAAUUGGUUCUCCGAAGUAUACGGCACCGGAGGUAUUUCUGACUCCUAGUCCAAGUGGUGUUAAGAUAGAUUCCUGGUCCCUGGGAAUGAUUAUAGCGGAGCAACUGUUAGGGCAGCCCGUCUGGCCUGGCGUAAAAUUGUCCCAGUGCUUGAGGAAAGUUCUGAGCUUAAUAUUGUGUGAUACCAGCAUAUUCGAACGUCUUGCCAGGGAAAACAAUUGUUUCCACGUUUAUGAAAAGUUACCAAAAGAGCUGAAGGAAUUCGUAGAUUCGUGUCUGCAAAUUCAUUCUACUAAGCGCAAGACGCCAGAGGAAUUGCUGGAACUGCCGAUAUUCGCGGAACACUUAACGAGAAAUACGCAGGAGAAGGGAGAAAAUCUCUAUAAGAAUGUUAUUGUUAGAAAAAUGGAUGAGUUAUAUUAUUUGUGGCAAUUGGCCGGCGGAGAUAUUACUGUGGAUCUAAAAAGGCAAAGUCUCAUCAGAUCGAGACCGCCUAUCUUGUCUAUUCCAAAUUUAGUCAUACUACUGGGCCAAAUGUUUGGCCAGAGGGACACCGCUAGUCUACUCGACGUGAGGGUCGUAAAAGUUCCUAUGGAGACUCUUCGCCAGCGUUUAGCUCACAUCCCAUACAUAGCAAAUUAUCCUUGGUUGACAAAUCAAAUGCGAGUUCAGGCACAGGAAGAUCUAACGAAUGCUGCGUGUCAGUUGCCAUUAAUCAUAAGGGAGCGCGAUACGGAAUAUCAAUUUUACAGGCUUGUCCUGUUUGAUAGACUUCUGCAGGCUUAUCCACUCACUCAGGAGGCGAUUAUCGAGGAAGCGCACAAGGAUAUACCGCCUCCGGUUAGAGGUGCCGUGUGGGCAGCUUUGCUCGGU